UUGGUUAUCACAAAUGAAGAAAAAGCUGAUACAAUAAUAGAAAAGUAAAACCUGAGUAAAACAUAGCAUAUGCGUACAGCAAAAUUUUAUUGAUACUUAAACUGAUUUAUUGACCAAAAUCGCUGCUUCAAUAAAUUUAACUAUUUAGCUGGGUAGGUUUUCUAAUUUCUAAUAUCGGUUCUCCAAUUCCAGAAAGUGAUAUCGUCAGACUUGUUACAUUUGGCAUAAUUGAAGUCGGAGCUAGCAGUACUCAUAUUACUCCAGAAUCAUUGAAAUGGGACUGCCAGAGCUACCCGGAUCUAAUGACAGUGAUGAACACUUGACAGUUCACGAAAACGACGCCAUUCACAUGGACGCUGUGAGCGAUGAAAGUGAAAACGAAUUUGCCAAUGAAGGUGAAUAUGAUGGAUACCAACCACUUAAUAAAGAUGAAGAAAGCGAUAUCAUAGGCGAUGAAAAUAUGGAUUUAGAUGCAGAAAUGGCAACUAAUGAUCAUUCUCGAAGAUCUGAUCAAAACACACCGAGGGAUUUCCUCAAUUUAGAUGUGUGGAACGCUCCUAGACCGAAUAUUCUCAGUAUCGACCUUGAUCCGGUGAAAACUGAACAGAUCGUCAAUGCAAUGGCUGGGUUCAAUCUACCUACCACCUCUGUUCCAGAAUGGGCUAUAGGGGUUCCGGAAGAGCGAUGGAAAGAGGAACUUUUACAGAGAAUUCGCUUACGACAGCCGAAUAACGCCGAUAACAUUUAAUAUAACAUAGAACAUUUUAAUUUUUAUUCAAUAAAGAUCUAUUUUCUGUUUAA